GUUUCUACAAUAAUUUACAUCAUAUUACGCAUUAUCUAGUUGUCUUCGGAUCGUUUAAACUGUGCUGUAUUUCUAUACGGUUUUGUUACAUUAAUAUUUAUUAAUUCAUAUUUUCUAUUAUAUAAAAGGAUAAUUUAUUUUCACCUAAAAUGACUACCAUUGUUAAAAGUGAGGAUCAAGUUCUUAUAGUGUUAGGCGAUGAGGUUACUUUUGAUGAAAUAUCGAAUUUUGAUAGCAAGAUCAAAACCCUUGUUUGCAAGAUCGAUCAAAUUUCAGUCAUCACUUUAAGUGAAAUAAAAAAAGCCAACUAUAGCAGAUCUUCCAUCGAUGUGAUUAUAUUGGUCCUCAAAAAGCCGUUUUUAUAUGAUAACGAAAUUUUCGGUGUAGAAUUGUUAAAAUUAUUGAAAGUUAAUGGAAAAUUAGUAAUCUACGAGCCGCUUUUGCUAGAAAGUACAUCAGAAUGUGAUACAGCUUUUAAGGAUAGAUUAUUGAAAUUGAAGCUCUCCGGUUUUAUAAUAAAAGAUACAAAGCCUAAAAAAUUAGAUUUAGAAACAGCUGAGCUUCUGCCUAAUUUAUAUGAAGAUAUUAAUAAUGUCUAUGAGAUAAUCGCACAGAAAUCAUCUUUCGAGAUUGGAUCUAGCAUACCUUUAAAUUUCAAAACGAAACAAACGAAUAUAUGGAAAUUAAACAAUAUCGAAGAUAACUUAGAAGAAGAUGAUUUAUUAGAUGAGAAUGACUUGAUAGACGAGGAUGAACUUUUAGAUGAAGAUGAUAUCAUCAAACCAGAUAUUACCAGUUUAAAAGUGUGCGGUACAACAGGUAAACGAAAAGCAUGCAAAGAUUGUUCUUGUGGAUUAGCGGAAGAGUUAAACGGUAAAGCGGAAGAUCAAGGAAUUCAGAAAUCAUCAUGUGGAAAUUGUUAUUUAGGUGAUGCUUUUCGUUGCGCGAGCUGUCCUUACCUUGGUAUGCCAGCUUUUAAACCUGGGGAAAAAGUAGUUUUACUUGAAAAUCAACUAGUUGUUGAUACAUAAAUAGAAUUUAUUAACACUGUACUGUUUAUAGUGACGCUACGUUGGUGUCACGUGAAAACUAUCGGGAAAACUACAAUAAAUAGAUGAAAGAAUCUUGAUCAUACUCGCGGAUGACAAAGUAUUAAUAAUCUUUUUAUAAUGACUAUAAUAAAUGAAUAAUUUAUUUAUUCAUUAAAUAUUUCAAAUAUUAUUAGCGUGGUGGUUAUGGUAGCUACAGUAUACUUAAAUAUUAAUUUACAUUUAACCCCUUGCUUUAUAAUUUAAGUUUCGAUGGUAAAUGCCAUAAUUAACAGCAAGGUUGGUUACAUGUAGAGCAAUUUGAAGAUUCGGUUAAGCAUUUAAAGUUGUGAAGAAUGCACACGUCUUAUGGCAAAACUAUGAGUCUGACUAGUGUUGUUUACAUUUGACUCGAUUUUCUUACCAUAGGUCUCACAUAAUACUGUAGACAAACGGGUUAAAUACAAAUAAAUACAUAUGUUAAAUAAAUUAUAUCAAUUAAUAUAAAUACAAUGAAAAAAUUAUCUUUUAUGAAAAAGAGAAAUAUAAAAAUAAAUGACUCUUUAAGAGAUAGCAUAUUUUAUUUCACUUCUUCUGUAUACAAUAGUAAUUUACAUAAUAACCAUUAUACAAGUACUUUGAAUAUGCAAAAUGUUUAAUGUAUAAGGCAUAUCAUUUUGUUCAUUUAGAUAAACAGCCAUUUUUAUCACUCAAUAUAUUUCCUUUUCGUAUAAUAACUUAUGUUGAUAAGAACUUAUUAAAUAACGCUUAAAAUAUAUUUUUAAGUAUUUCACGAUUCAACAUAAGUUUUAUUUUCAAAUGCGAUGAAACAGAACGAAAAUAAAUUGUUCACCGCUUUUUUUUUUAUUCAUUUUAAUUAGUUAUCCUAUCUACAGACGAUAUUGAAUAUAAUACAUAAACAAAUUGCAUAUAAUGUACUGACAUGGUCUUUUAUUUUUUUGUAAUUUAAGGAACACAUCCCUUUCACCAUAAAUCCACUAUCCUGUCGCUGAGGAUGAGUGUGCGGGAGAGGGAUAUUUUCCGCAUACAAUACACAAUUGCACCUUACAUUUGUCUAUAAAUGAUUGUUAUUUUUUUUUUUUGUAUAAUAUAAUGCACAUUGUUGUAGCAUAAAAUUACACUAUAAGCAUAAGAGCAAAGAUCAUAGUAGGGUUUAAUAAGUAUAGUAUCUCUAUCGUAUACAGGAACAGAAAUAAAAUCGUCAUGUAUUUUUUCAUUUGUUUGUUUGUUUUGCUUCAUGACGACAGGAACAUUAUUCCGUUUUAUAGAGGACAACGUAAACGCUAUUAAAUCAUAAUUAUGUAUAUUAAAUUAUUCAUUGGUUUGCAGAUAAUAAAAAAUGAAACAUUGUCAAUAAAACGAACGAAACCAAAA